AUGUCAAGCCAAUUCGAGCUUGCGCAAAACCCGACGGAGCCCAUCUCGUCGGUCAAGUUCGCGACCAACAACCCAACACGCCUGCUCGUCUCCUCCUGGGACCGCCAUGUCUACCUCUACGAUACGCACGCUGAGCCCGGCGGCAAGCUGCUCCAGAAAUUCGAACACCGCGCGCCCGUGCUAGACGUCUGCUUCGGACGCGACGACAACGAGGCCUUUUCCUGCGGGCUCGACUGGGAGGUACGGAGAAUCGACCUCGAGACGGGCGCGCAGACCAUCAUGUCUACGCACUCGCAGGGGGUUCGCAACGUUCUCUACUCCGCCCCGCACAACCUCCUCAUCUCCUCGUCAUGGGACUCGACACUGCACCUCCACGACCUGUCGCAACCCGGCGACUUCUCUGCCAUCCGCCUGCCUUCCAAGCCCUUUUCCCUCUCCGCCUCGCCCACCAAACUAGUCGUCGCCAUGGCCAGCCGCGCAGUCAACAUCUACGAGCUGGACAAGCUGGCAGAAGCUGCCAAGACAGGCGGCGGUGAGGAAGUGGGAGUGGAGCCGUGGCAGCAGCGGGAGAGCUCUAUGAAGUACAUGACACGCGCCGUGUCUUGCAUGCCAAAUGACGCAGGAUACUCUAGCUCGAGCAUCGAGGGGCGUGUAGCAGUAGAGUGGUUCGACCCAUCUGAAGAGUCGCAGUCGCGCAAGUACGCGUUCAAGUGCCACCGUCAAAACGUCGAUGGCCAGGAUAUCGUCUACCCGGUUCACGCGCUCGCAUACCACCCAGUCCACGGCACUUUCGCGACAGGAGGUGGAGACGGCAUAGUCGCUCUGUGGGAUGCAGUAGCAAAGAGGAGGAUAAGACAGUACCAGAAGUUCCCUGCUAGCGUCCAGACCAUCGACUUCUCCAACGACGGCAAAUACGUAGCCAUUGGAGUGAGUCCAGGCUUCGAGGACGGCGUCGACGACGUACCUGACGGCGUGACCAAAGUCUUCAUUAGAGAACUGAGUGCGACCGAGGCGUCCGGCAAGAAAAAAUAG